CCCGUCACUGGCUUGCAUAUGGCGCACCAGCGCCGUGCGCGUGUCCGUGUAUGUCUGCAGACUGAUUGCCAGGAACCGCACAUAGGCACUGCUGAGCUCCGGCUCGGUCUCAGCCGGCACCCCAAGGCCAUCCUCCGAGUUGCAGCAAUGGACGUCCAGCUGCGAGAUCAGGUCCCACAGCUGGUGCGGGUUCUUGCCGUCAAUCAGCUUGCCGUCAAGCAACCCGCACUCCACCAGCCGCACCGCAAGCCGCGACUCGAGCACCGCCCGGAUCACCAGCAGGAACUGCGCCAGUACGUAGCUGCCCGACAGCCCGAUGUCCUUCUGAAGGUACAGCGCGAUUGUGCGUCGAGCCGCCGCGGUCGCCGCUGGGGUCGUGAUCGCCUUGUGGAUGUUCUCAAUGACCGCCGGCUCCAGCAGCCGCUGCGACAGCGCAUCUGCCCGCAGCACGUCCGACGACCGGUACCUGAAUGGCGACUUCUCCAGCGCCUCCAUCGCGCCCAGCAACGCCGGUAGCGCAAACGUCACAAUGCGGUCCUGCUCAUGGGACUCGAGAAUUCCCACCAGGUCGCCCAGCAGCGCCCAGAUACGCCCCAGGAUGGCAUCGGCUGUCUCAGGCGCCUGCACCGCGCACGCCAGCAGCCGGCCGAUAAAGCGUUCCAGGAACCAGUGCUCGGCGUGGUAUCCGCCGACGCCGAAAGCCGACGAGUUGUACGAGUACUGGGGCAGUGCGCUGACGAAAUCCAGAACUCGGCCCAGGAGUGACGUGCGGACGAUCGCUGAACUAGUCGUGCUGAGCAGCUUGGCCAGGGCUAGAAUCCCGUUCUCGUGCCGCUUCGUCACCACCACGCGGAGCGCCUGCUCUGAGUGCUGCGAGGGCAGCGGUGGGCACUGCGCCAGCACCUUUUGCACUGCCGGGUCGGUGCUACUUGUAUCCGCGGGCCUGCAUGUCGCUGCAAGCACAGUCGACAGCUCUUCGAGAAUGAGCGAAUGCAAGUCAAAGCUAUCCAUUCGUUCGCGGGUAUUGUUUUUCAGACUGAAUUAGAAUGGGGGAGCGAAAUACUAUGUGGAGAAAGAAUACACCGAAAUGUGCUGAGCGGAGACGGAAAAAGUUGCUGGUGCGGAGAACUGGAAGCCCAGGUGCGGCUGAUGCCAUGGCUUUUUCCCCUCUCUCGC